GAUCUGACAUAACCGAUUGUUUACAUAUAACCUAACUUUUUAGUGAAUAAUAUGUAAGCAUUCCCUUUAAUUAAAUUAAUUUUUCACAAAUGAAACCCCACAAAAAAUCUCGAAUAAUGAUGUGAUAACAUGUACACCAUAAGCCUUCGCUCUAUAAAAAAACUAAAAAUUAUACUAUUCCUCAUUACAUGUUUCUUGGUGCUUCUAUUUUUCGGAGCGUUUCACCAUGCUUUCGAAAAAGAUUUUUUCAGCAACUUUCAUUAUCCCUACGACGGAGAUAUCGAACCACUGGUGAUACAACUGAAAAACAACCAGACCCCGAAUAUUCCAACGAUAAAUAAUUAUAAUUUUUACUACUACAAGAAUUGUGAUACUAAAUGUAGAGGAGUAACAGAUCUGAGAUUAGUCUAUUUAAUUAAGUCAAGUGUAGCAAAUUUCGAUCGAAGAGUGGCCAUAAGAAGUUCAUGGGGCUUUCAGAAGCGAUUUUCAGAUGUGGAAAUUAGAACACUGUUCCUUAUAGGCCUGCAGAGUGAUGACAAUAUGCAGGCCUCAUUAAACGAAGAAUCUCAAAAAUAUAAGGAUAUUAUACAAGCGAACUACACUGAUUCGUAUUUUAACAAUACGUAUAAAACCAUGUCAGGGUUUGAAUGGGUAAUGAAGUAUUGCAAGAAUGCAAAGUUUUACAUGUUUGUUGAUGACGACUACUAUGUUUCUACAAAGAAUGUAUUGCGUUUUCUCAGAUUUCCCACAAAUUAUCCCAAUUAUUUAAAAGAACCAUUGGGGAAUAUUCAUAACUUGAUUCAACACAGGCAGCUCUUGCAAGGUGUUGAUUUCAGUUUAGAUGAUGAUGUGCGAUUAUACACAGGAUAUGCCUUUCAAUCUUCACCACACAGACAUUAUAUUAGCAAAUGGUAUGUUUCCCUGGAUGAAUAUCCGUAUCAUAUGUGGCCAGCUUAUGUCUCAGGCGGUGCCUACAUUUUAUCAAACGCUGCCUUAGUAGACAUGUAUUAUGCGAGCUUAUACACUAAACACUUUAGAUUCGACGACAUUUACGUGGGCAUUUUGGCCUACAAGGCGAAAAUCGAGCCAUUUCACUCGGAAGAAUUUCACUUUUACAAAAGAUCUUAUAGCAGAAAAGGAUAUGAUUAUGUGGUUGCAUCGCACGGAUAUUCGAAUACUCAGGAACUGGUAGCUGUGUGGAAUGAGCAGAAAAGUAUAGGAAACGCUUGACUAAACAUAUGUAUUGUUUUUUUUUAUUACUGUGCACAUUUUGCUAUGAAAUCCAUUGUGUAGCGUUGUUCAUUUUUGGAUUAUAUGAUUUUAAUAUAUAACCAUAGCUUGCAAGUUUAAACAUAAAAUAAAAUAAAACAAUAUUUUAGAGCAA